AUUCCUCCUAUCCAAUCAGGUACAGAAUCUUUCAUCAAACAGGAUCACUCUGUUAUAAUUGGAGUAGAUCAUUUAAAUCCUUUGCUAAAAACUGAGAUCAAAAUAGAUGAACACAAUUGCCGAUCAGAUGAGCCUAUACUUAAGGCAAAUGUGUGCGUCACUACCUCCGUAGAGGGCGUGUUACCUACAGAGCCCUCAGAAAUUACCUCAGUUAAACGUGAAAAUGGGCAUUCUUUGAAGGAAACUAUUGAUGGAGAAAAGCAUGACACUCCAAGCAUUGAUAAUCCAAAGCUAGAUGAUUCUAUCAAAGAAGAACAUGAUUUUGAUCUUAAAAAGGAUCGAAAGCGUAAAGGAAAGAGAUACGAACCAACAAAUGUCGAACAAGAUCUUAACUUCACUCCUAGGCGGAGUGGUAGACAGCGCAAGCAAGUCGAAUUUCUAACAAUGGAGCCAAUAAAACCUAAAUCCUAUUCUCGAUCUACAAUCAUAAAUGAAGAAGAAUGUGAUAAGUCUCGGGGUAAAAAACGAAAGGCCAGUGAUGAAUAUGGGGACGAUGACAACGGGGAAGCUUCACUUAAGGAGGGCAAAGUUAAACGUAGACGUAAGUCCCUCAGAGAUUCUGAAGGGAAAAUUAAAAAGAAGAAGAAGAAGCGUAAGAUCAAGAAAUCUGGUAAAGUUAGUGGAUCGGCGCCUUGGAUGCGGGGAACUUCUUCAGAAUCCAGUACUAGUGAAGAGGAAGAUUAUUUUGAGCGCGUUCUUCUGGCGAUUCAUGAUUCUGAUGAUGAGGAUCCGAAGCCCAAACAUAAAAUUGGUAAAAACGAUUUUGAGUGGAAUAAUCAACCUGAAAGUGAUUUUGAUCCAGAAGGAUUGGAUAAGGAGAGUGAUGUUGAUAGUAUUACUCAAGGAAGGAAUCUAGCCCGCCAAAAGCGGAGACAAAAGGGAGUUAAAAAAAAAAGAAUGGGAAGUGUUGAAGACGAGGAAGAGUUAGAAGAGGACAAGCCAUGCCAAAUAUGCUCUCGAUCUCAUUUGCCAGAAUGGAUUCUUCUUUGUGAUCGUUGCGAUCUGGGCCAUCAUGCUAUGUGCUUGUUUCCACCCCUUUUUAUCAUUCCUGAGGGGGAGUGGUUUUGUCCGCGUUGCCAGCACUCUGCAUUAAUAAAUUCAAUAGCUAACAAGAUUACAGAACUUCAAGCAGAAAGGAAGGCUCGUGAGCAUAAACAGCGAAUGCAGGAGCGAAUCAAUUUUAUCAGUAUUAGCCUUACGAAUAUUCUUCCCAGUGAACAAAGAGCUGCAAAACACAAGACACGUCUCUAUGGUUCUGGCAAUGGUUCUAUUAAUGGCCUAGAUGAAAGUACAAGCGACGAAAGCAGAACUAUCUCUGAUCGUUCAAGUACAGUGGCCGAUUCAGAGGGCACAACAAGAAAAUGUCGUCUUAGGCAUCGGCACGAGAAUGACAGCUGCGAUAAUGAUAUUAACGAGACUAACAGCACUUCUAAUGAUUCAAGUUUCUCUAGGAUUAGACGGAGAGCACGACGUACAGCGAGGUCUAGAGCUGGAAGCCGGCUUACCACUAGACAAACAAGAUUCAAUAGUUGUGAAGAUACAGGUUCUGGAACGGAAACAAGCAAUAGCUUAGAGGCUCUGCCUCUCAUGCGUGCAACGCGAAGGCGUUCUAUCCGCUAUGACAUAAAUGAUGCUUUUAAGCAGAUUGAUGAAGCCCUGGAGGGUGAUGAGAAGUAUCAGUCCCAGAAACGCCGUCGUGAACGACGCAAAGAAAGACGAUCACAGGGAUUGCCAACAGAUGACUCAUCCGAAGAAGAAGAAGAAGACGACGACGGGGAUGUAGAGCUAGGUACCACUGAAGGAGGAAAAGAUGGUCGGCGAACCGGCGGUAGGUCCAGAGGAAAGGACCUUUCAAAUAUCCUCGGUCCUGAUUGGAAAGAUGAUGAUGCAGAGCGACGGCGCCGCAGACGACGUUUGGGCGAUUCACUUUCUCAGUCUUCUGAAUCAGAGGCGGCUUUCGGAGGUCGAAAGGGGUCAGACGGAAAUCAGACCAUGGAUAAACGGGCUCGUCCACGUAAAGGCUCUGAUGGAGACGACGAUGAUGAUUUUCAGCCCAGUGAAGCUUCAAAUUCAUCUUCCAGGACCCAAGAUGAUGAAUCUGCGGGGAGUAUCGAGGAGGAAUUUUCAUCUGGAUCUAUCGCAUCUGACGAUUCUUGGCGACAUGAGCUUUCUUCUAAAAAGCGAUCUGGCCGCAAGCCGUCUUGGAGGCAUCGAAAUAAUAAAUACUCUAUGUCUAGCUUUAAUAAAAAGCGCUUUCAAAAGUUUGAUGGCAGUGAUAUUGAUGCAGAAGCUGGUCGAAAUUCCAGAAUUCUGCCUAGCCGGUAA